AUGGAACCGCCCAUUCCAGGGAGUCUCAAGGACGUGGAGGAGCUAGUCACGGAGCUGUACCAGCCGGGCGACCCCAAGAGGAUUGCUCAUAUCCAGGAGGCGUUACACACCCUACAGCGCUCAGCUGAUGGCUGGCAACUUGCAAACAGCUUGUUUCAAAGUUCUGAUGAGAAAGUGCAAUUCUUCGGAGCCCUGACAUUUACCGUCAAACUAAAUACGGACUCAGCGUCAUUGAGCGCCACAGAUGCUGAGGCUGUUUUGAACCAGCUGUUGACAUGGCUGAUUGUGUAUCUACGGCGUGGUUCAGGGCCUUUGGCUCUUCGGAAGCUGUGCUCUACCCUCGUGGUGUACUUCCUUCAUUUUUCGGCAUCCUGGGCGCUGUGCGUCAAGCAUGUUAUUCUCUGUUUAUUUGCCGACGAAGCCGUUGGUAUAGAAAGGUUACAAGAUGCGCCGGAGACCAGCCAGCUAGUUAGCCGCCUUUCUCAAGAGAAGCUGUCUGCUGCACUGUGGUUUAGCACGACACUUGCCGAGGAAGUUGAGAAAGUUGAUGGGAACAACAUCAAACAUCACCAGUUUCAUGACCGGAUGAAACAAAACGCCCAGGAUGUCGUUGCACUCAUAGCCCCUGGACUUGCCAAUGUCCAUGAAGGGGCAAACCUGCCAGCAAAGCUACGGCAAGACUCGAUGAAAUGUUUCCAGACGUGGGUACUCUUCUCACAUAGGGCUUACGUGGACGCUGGCAUCACAUUGGAACCAUUGAAAUCUUUAACAAAGCAAGCAAUCACCUGUCUACCACAGGAGGACAUGUAUGAAGUUACCAUUGAGCUCUUCGCGGAUGUGCUGGGCAACUACUCCAAGUUCUUGAGUGAUGAAGACUUCACGCUUCUAUUUUCGCUUUUCAACAGCAGUUGGUCCGAACAGCAUUACAAGCAACUAAUCCAAGGCGAUUAUUCGUUUGAGUCACUUCAAUAUGGACAUUUUAUUAUUGCCCUGGGAGAUGCACGAAUUGAUGAGCUGGCGAAAGCAAACGACCCGGCAUCUCAACAGUUUCUGGGGGCUCUCGAAGGGCUUCUAUCGGCAGAGGGUUAUGUUGUCGCCGAAGACCAAAUAUUCGUUCCCGCUCUCGAGUUCUGGUCAACAUUCGUCGAAGUGAUGAUUGACUCCCUCUAUUCUGAUGAGAAUGUGACAAUAUCAAUUCUGGGACCACCCGCCAGUGGCGCGACAGGGUCAAAUGAAACACAACAUCCGAAAGAAAAUUCAUCCGAGAAAAAGAAUGAAUGGUUUUCUACGGCCAGGGUCAGUGUCAUGCGGGCAAUCGAGCGCUGCUGGCGGAAAAUUCAAUACCCCCCAGCUGAAGAAUCAUUCGACGACUGGCCCUCUAGCGACAAGACUGGAUUUAAUGACGCGCGAAUGGAAGUUAUAGAUUUUCUACAAGCCUCAUACACAUUAACAGGGGUAUCCCUAUUUUCCAUGUUAGCCGAUAUGGUACUUCGUUCGUUGCAGAACGAAGCAUGGUAUGAACUGGAAGCCUCUCUGUUUUGUCUUGGUGGCCUUGCGGAUUGCAUUUCAGAAGAUGAAACUACCGAUUUUAUUCUUGAAAAAGUUAUCAGCUCCGCACUUUUCACCAUUCUCGCAGACCCCACUUGUUCUUCUCCAACUCGUACAAGACAAGCGACUCUUGCUCUUAUUGGAAAAUACGACGAGUUCUUCAAAACACAUACCCAGUACUUACCAGAGACUCUGACUUUCAUGUUCAAGUCGUUGAGUACCACUGCUUUAGCUCCUACGGCCUCAAAGUCAAUCCAAUCACUUUGCUCUUCGUGCCGCCAAGCUUUAACAUCUGAACUUGGGGUCUUUGUUCACCAAUAUACGGAUCUGACUCUAGCACAUUCCGUUGAUGUUAUUGUCAAAGAGCGAAUUGCUGGAGCAAUAGGUGCCGUUAUACAAGCACUCCCGGAGGAGCAUUUAAAGCAAGAACCACUGCUAGGGCUUCUCAAGACUGUGGAAAUUGAUUUUCAGAAGUCUCUCCAACUUCGUGCUGCUGGCUUCGUCGAUGAGGCUGAAGCACGAGGGAUUGAGACCCUGAGAUGCAUUGGUAGUAUCGCUAAGGGUCUGCAGGCACCGACUGAUAUUCCCCUUGAAUUAUCAGAAGGUAGCCCAAGCGACAUUGAUAACUUCUGGGUCACAGGGCCGGGCUCAGCUACCAAUAGCCAUCUUCGAACCAUUAUAGAGAGCCUUUUAGCCGCGUUUCCUCAAAGCGGAGAAAUUUUGGAAUCUGUCUGCAACAUAUUCCGGGCUGGCUUCACUGAACGUGCUCCAAGUCCAUUCAUACUUCCGUCCGAAGCUAUUGUAGAUUUCUUCACAAAGCUGGGGCCCUCUACUCCACGACUCGUUGUCAUUAUAAGCACAGCAUGCUCCUUUGUAAGCGUUCAGGGCACAAAAAGUACUUGCAAAGUCAAUGCUGAAUUGCAUCGCCUCUGCACAUGGGUGCUGUCACUCUUGCAGGCCCUAAACGAUCCGUCUAAUGAUCCCGAGAUUGCACAAGCCGGAAUCGACUUUUUGUAUCGCCUUCUUCCUUCUCAUGUCAGGAUAUUGAUAGAGCAACCACCCACGGCCCAGGAAUUUCUUUUCAUGUUUGCAUUGAAAGCUCUCAGGGGCAGAGAUCCCCUCCCAAAAUUUGCUGCAGCAGACUUCUGGUCAUCUUUCUUGUCACUGGCAAACCUCGACGAAGACCUCCAAAGAUCUAUUGACACAGCACUAGAGCAUCUCGGCCCUAUGAUUGCAGAUGCAUUGGUUUAUAACAUAAGCGGGAAUGCUGCACGAAGCGAGUUGGACAAAGUCUGCGACCCUUUGAAGAAGUUCGUUGCUCGGCACCGAUCGUCCAAGGCCUGGCUUGAGAAUGCACUUUCCAGCAAUAAUUUCGCAAGCGACCGGGUUAGCGAUGGCGAGAAAAGAGCCUUCUUGCAAAAGAUUAUGAAUCUUCGAGGUGCCAGACAGUCGAAUCAGGUUGUCAAAAACAUGUGGCUGGAGUGCCGGGGUUCAAAUUUUGCAUAUACUUCGUGA